GAUUUCAUGAAGCACAUGAAAUGAAGAAAACCGGAUAGUUCCAUGAUUCAUUUUUCUUUUUCCAAACCAAAGCAUGAAAUAAAUAAAUUUGACCCAAGAACAAAUUCCAGUCUAUAUUACCCGCCAACAAGUUUUCUUCAUUAAUGUCGUCUGUGAAAACAUCAAAAGACUUCGUCUUUUUUUAUUACCCUAACUUCAUACUUUGGCCCUUUGUUGAUUUCUUUUUGGGCAAAUUUAAUUAUUGUUAUUAACAUUUCCAUUGUCAAGUUUUAGUUGCUCUGUUAGUGGCAAUGGAAAUAACUAGGAACUGAGAAUUCAAGUCAAUUUAUAAAAAAGAAAAAGCCAAAGCAAAGAAAAGCAAUUGGAGCACUUAUUUUAUUUUAUUUUAUUUUUCUUUGAAUUGAGAAAAAAAGGUUGGUGGAUUAAAGCAGAAAAAAGUUGAAUUUUUUGAGCAUCAACUUGUUAAAAGAUAUAUUUGUUUUUCGUUUUAUGGUUUGGAAAUUCUGUGUUCUGCUAUUGCUGAUUUUUGUGUCUGGUUAUGCUCCAACGAGGUGGACAAAGGGAAGGGUAAAAGGUUUUUCAAGAUGGGGAUUUGCUGGGGCUCUUCAGCUGAUAAUCCAACACCAACCACCACUGGUCGUCUCAGUUCAGUGAUAUCUCAAACAACCAGCAAUACAGCAUCCACUUCAAUAUCUAGGGGCAGUAGGUUCUCAGCUUCAAGUGGGGAUGAGGUUUUCCCAAAUGGGCAGAUAUUGCCAGCACCUGAUCUGAGGAUCUUCAGUUUUGCAGAAUUGAAGUCUGCAACUAAGAAUUUCAGGCCUGAAAUGGUGCUGGGCGAGGGAGGUUUCGGUAAAGUCUUCAAAGGUUGGCUUGACGAGAAAACACCAGGGAAGAGUGGUAGUGGAACCCUCAUUGCUGUUAAAAAACUCAACUCUGAAAGCUUACAAGGAUUUGAGGAAUGGCAGUCCGAGGUAAAUUUCUUAGGAAGGUUGUCUCAUCCUAAUCUUGUGAGGCUGCUAGGAUAUUGUUGGGAGGAUCAAGAGCUUCUUCUCAUUUACGAGUUUAUGCAGAAGGGCAGCUUGGAAAAUCAUCUAUUCGGAAGAGGUUCAACUGUUCAAUCACUCGAAUGGAGUAUACGGCUUAAAAUUGCAAUAGGAGCAGCAAAGGGCCUGUCGUUCUUGCACACGUCGGACAAGCAAGUCAUUUAUAGAGAUUUUAAAGCUUCAAAUAUACUGCUUGAUGGGUCGUAUACAGCUAAGAUAUCGGAUUUUGGGUUGGCCAAAUUGGGUCCUUCAGCUAGCAAAUCUCAUGUAACAACAAGAGUCAUGGGUACAUAUGGUUAUGCAGCUCCAGAAUAUGUUGCUACAGGACAUUUAUAUGUAAAGAGCGAUGUGUACGGUUUUGGUGUUGUUUUAGUUGAAAUAUUAACCGGCUUACGAGCACUCGACCAAAACCGCCCAAGCGGGCAACAUACUCUGGUGGACUGGGUAAAGCCACAUUUAUCUGAAAGAAGAAAAUUGAAGAACAUAAUGGACCAUCGUUUGGAGGGCAAAUAUCCUUCCAAAGCUGCAUUUCGAAUAGCUCAACUUGCUUUAAAAUGUCUUGAACCUGAACCUAGGAACCGCCCAUCAAUGAAAGAAGUUGUGGAGACUUUGGAACAGAUCGAGUCAAUCAAUGAAAAGCCAACAGAGCCAAAAAACCGUUCCACUCAUCACACAACUCGUAGACAUCGCCAGCAGCCAGUUCAUCAACGAUCUCCACUCGCUCCAAAGCAUGAAGUAGGCCGUGGUUAUGAGACCCCACCACGGGUGAGGUAAGUUGGCACACUGGCUCAAUUUGUUGCAGGUCUCGAAUUACCGUGCUAAUUGUUUUUCACACAAUUCCCAUUUCUUUAUUCUUUUCCAAAGAAUCUACGAGUUCAACUUUUGCAGUCCGGCUUGUGUCAGACAUAUGGAUAUGAUAAUCGUUAACUUGUAACUAUUUCAGUAAGUACACGAGUUGAGUUUGAUAUCUUGUUAGUUUUAUCGACGCUGUUUUACACCGCGAAUCUCUUUGUUUAUCAAUCUGAAAUAGUAGUAAUGGGGAUCCAAAUUAUGAGACCUGCCUAUAAUUUUGGUGUGGGUCCUUGAGUACUAUAUUAUAGUUUUCAUGUAUUUUGAAUUACAAAGAAUUUUUCUAGGCUUUGUCUCAACAGUGGUAGAAUAAAAGGUUUUGGUGUAUCCUGAGUACUGUAGAAAGUUGUUUUAUUUGCUCCAUUUUUGCACUUCUUGCUGUUAUUCAUAAAUCUAACCUGCAUUCCAGGUAAAA